UCGGUGCCAUUGGUGGCACACAGAAAUAAUAGGAUGGGAGGGAAGCUGUUUGAAAGAAAGAAAAUGGACUGGGGUACCCUCAUUGAGCUGGGAGGGGUCUCAAUUGCUAUUUGUUUCUGAGCAGCUGCUGGUAUGUCAGAGGGUUGGAAUUGGCAUGGUAAAUCUAAAACGGUCUCAGUGGUUAGCUGACCUCACCCUAGUUCCAAGCCCUACUCUGCCUGAUCCUUUUCUUGAGCCUCAGAGCUAAAAUGCUCCUGAGCUUUUUCCUAUUGGCUGGGAAGACCAGUUGAAGUUCCCUUGCCCAUGUUAGGAGGUGUACGCCUCCCGAACUAAAGAUAGACACAGCUGGCCCUUCCAGGCAGCUAAAAGCUUCCAGACUAAGAGGUGUUCCCCACUCGGCAGCCAGACUCCUUGAAAUACCCUUUUGGUAAUUUAUCAACGCCUCCAUGUCUCUGCUGUGCCAUAACAAAGGCUGUGGGCAGCACUUCGACCCCAGUACCAACUUUCCUGAUUCCUGUUGCCAUCACCCUGGGAUCCCAAUCUUCCACGAUGCACUUAAGGGUUGGUCCUGCUGCCGGAAGCGAACUGUAGAUUUCUCUGAGUUCUUAAACAUCAAGGGCUGUACUGUUGGACCACACUGUGCUGAGAAGCCCCCCGAAGCCCCUCAACCUGAGGGCCCUGGCACAAGCAGUUCACUUCAGGAGCAAACACUGACUGCGAUUCCCAAGUCAGCAGAGGCUUUGCUCCGAGAGAGGCCCAAGUCAGAGUUGCCUCCAAAGCUGCUUCCACUAAAUAUAUCCCAAGCCCUGGAAAUGGCAUUGGAACAGAAGGAAUUAGACCAUGAAUCCGGAGCAGGAAUUGACAGUAGUCUGAUCCGGACUGGUUCCAGCUGCCAGAACCCAGGAUGUGAUGCUGUUUACCAAGGCCCCGAGAGUGAUGCUACUCCAUGUACCUACCACCCAGGAGCACCUCGAUUCCAUGAGGGGAUGAAGUCUUGGAGCUGUUGCGGCAUCCAGACCCUGGAUUUUGGGGCAUUCCUGGCACAGCCAGGAUGCAGAGUUGGUAGGCAUGACUGGGGAAAGCAGCUACCAGCAUCUUGCCGUCACGACUGGCACCAGACAGAUUCCUUAGUAGUGGUGACUGUGUAUGGCCAGAUUCCACUUCCUGCAUUCAACUGGGUGAAGGCCAGUCAAACUGAGCUUCAUGUCCACAUUGUCUUUGAUGGUAACCGUGUAUUCCAAGCCCAGAUGAAGCUCUGGGGGCUUCCAUGGGUCUUGUCCAUUCUCUGCUGUACCUGAUGUCUUGGAUCCUGGAACUUUCCGUAGUUUUACUGGUAAAAUGGCUCCUUCUCAUCUGUGUCCUUCUCUGCACUAGACCGAAAUUUCUUCCCAGACACUAUUUCAGCUACCAUUUCUCAAAUGGCUUUCCUACUACUAGAGAACCCUUGGAACUUCUUGUCCUUUGGAGUUUGUAUGUAUUUUAUAUAUUAUUUUAGUGUACCUUUACAAGUGUCUCAGAAGGGAAUUGAAAUGUUAUAUUUGUCAUAUAUGUAAUUCCCAUAUGUAACUGCCUCUCUAUUCAAUUCCGUUGAUCUGUUUGUCUAUUCUUGAACCAUAUUACAGCUUUAUAUAAUAAUUUGAUACCUGGUAGGUAAGUCUUCCCUUGUUAACCCCUCUUAAAAGUUUCUUGGCUCUUUUUGCAUAUUCUUCCAGUUUGAAUUCAGAACCAACUUGCUAAGUGUUUCCACCCUAUCCCCCCAAAUCCCGAUGGGAUUGUUAUGGAAAUUUAGUUACUUGAAAUUUUUUUAAUUAUGAAACUUCUCCUUCAGGAAUAUUGUACAUCUAUCCAUUUGUCAUAUUUUCAUAGUUGUAGACUUCAGUAAUAUUUUUUAAAGAUCUUAUUUAUUUAUUUUUAGAGAGAGGGGAAGGGAGGGAGAAAGAG